CCGAUGCGUUUGAGGAUCUGGCUGUGUUUUUUUCUCAAGAGGAGUGUGUGUGUCCUGCACUCUGUCCAGAGGUCCCUCAGCAGAGCAUUACACAGGAUUGUUUCGAGGAGAUGGCCUUGAUGGGAGGGAAAGGCAAGACUGGGAUUACUCAGCAGUUAAAUCUAGACUCUAUGGGAGUUGAGGAACUGGCCCCAGAAAACUCCUCCAUUGCUGUGCCCCUUGUCUAUUACCCAGAAAAAUCUUCUGAGACUGGAGGUGGAGACCCUGAAAGAAAAGUAUCAGGUGGAACUCCUGCUUGCAAGAAAAGGUUCAUAAGCCUAUUAGUUACCAUCGAAAACCAUACCCCAUUAAUAGACCCACCUCAAUGUCUAGAAACUACAGCACUUUCUGAAAUUCUUGAAUUUUCUGGGGAAGAAGCCAAAAGUUUGUAUAAGUGUCCUGAAUGUGACCAAAGCUUCAGUGAUAAUUCAUACCUUGUUUUGCAUCAGAGAACUCAUUCAGGAGAGAAGAAGUAUAAACGUGGUGACUGUGGGAAGAUUUUCAAUCACAGAGCUAACCUGAGGACACACAGGAGAAGCCACGCUGGCGAGAAGCCUUAUAAGUGUGGUGAGUGCGGCAGCAGCUUCCGCCAGCACUCACAUCUGUCUCGGCACAUGAAUAGCCACGUAAAGGAGACGCCCCACACAUGUGGCAUCUGUGGGAGAGGUUCUUUGUGGCCCCUAGGGUUGGCACAGCAUCAGAAAACCCACGCUGCCAAAAAAGCCUAUGAAUGUACUGACUGUUGUAAAGGUUUCGGUCAGAAGACAAAUCUUGCUUUGCGUGAGGAAAUGCACACGUCAGCCACCCAGUACCCGUGCACUCAGUGUGUGCAGUGCUUUGGACAGCCCUCACACUCUGUCCUCCCCGAGCAGGGCCACGAGGACGACUGUGAGGACGACGCCGAACACUGCGGUGACUGCAGAGAAAAUUUGCUUUUGUUCUCAAAAUUCAAACCCUUAAAAUGUCCCGAGUGCGCAGUGACCUUCCUCCGUGUCUCUGAGCUUAUUUCCCAUCAGAGCGUUCACAGAGGGGAAAAGCCCCAUAAAUGUAAAACAUGUACAAAGAGCUUUAUUUUGGACUCAGAGCUCGCAUGCCACCAGAAGAGCCACACAGGAGAGGAGCCUUUUAAACGUACCAUGUGUGGAAAAAGUUUCAGGUUGAAUAGACAUCUCGUUAUUCAUCAGCAAACCCAUAAGAAAACCACCAUGUAAAUAUAGCCAGUUUGCAUUCCUACUCUGCUUUUCCGUAUCUGUACUGAAAACCAGGGAGGAGUUGUCCUUUAUAUGCCAGACGCGUGACACACAUUCCAUGCCCUGCACCCCAACCUUGCUUUGGGCACUGUGAUUUCUACUUUAUAACCGAGGAAGCAUAAUCAUUGUCACAGCCAGUGAAUGAAGCCAGGAUUCAGUAACUCACUCACUGUUCAGAUACCAUUUGGAUGAGCCAGAUAAUGAUACAGAACUUUUUUUAAUUCAGUUUUCAUUAAACUGAAAGUUUUGCUGGAGUUGUUUUAAUUUUGUUACAUGGUUUGUAAGUUAACUUCUGGAAGGAGAAGAAUUUUGUUUUAUUUUUUGCCAGUUCUGCAGAUCUCGUAUCUAGGAAAGUAAUGCACCUCUGUGUUAAGCUUUUUUUCACUAUAACUAUCUGAAUGUAACAUUUGUUCUGAGAGCUGAUAUUUCACGUGCUAGUUUCUGAAGUGGUUUGGAAGCUUGUAUUUCUGGUGUGGAAAGUUCCCAAAUAGGUGGACAGGUUGGUGUUAUGAUGCCGAUUAGUAUCUUUGGAGUUCCCAUUCUGAGAUCUGAUGCCACUGGCCUUUCUGACUCAUUUGCAAGGAAUUUUGACUGUCUGACUGUAGCCCUUUCUGGUGCCUGGACUUGAGUGAAAGUUACUUGCUUCCCUCUGAAAGGAUUUACCUCUAGUCUCUACCAAAGCACAUUACCUGCCUUUCUAUGAGUAAUAGUAACUGGUGUUUAGUGAACCUGGUAUAUUAUCUAAUUUAAUCUGCAGGAUAAAGCUGACAGAGAAAGGGCUAUCCUUGUUUCAUAAAUGAGGAAAGUGAAGCCCACAGAGGGUAAAGUCAAAGUCAGUACGUUGCCCAAGACAAAAAUAGCAAUGUACUGAAGCCGGCAUUUAACCUUGGGUCCCUCUGACGGUAAAGGUUGUGCAUUCUUCAAUAUUGUUGUGUGUUGGCUUUGUGUUGGGGCCGCAAGCCACCAGGGAGGCCGAGCUGGGUGGAUGAGAGCGGUCAUCAUGGAGGCUACCCCGUGCACAUGCAUCCUAGAACCCCUCCACUGCCCUGUGCUUUAUCCCAAGCCUGACUUACAUGUAUGGUUAUAAAGCAAAAGAAAGAUUCCCCAAGACUUCCAGUUCAAAUUCCCAUCCCUGUGACCAGAUCAGAGACUGCAGACUCUACAGAGUACAGUCCUUAUGGUUUCAGUUGGGUUUUGGUUUAAAAAAACAAAAUGCCCUCUUCAUCUCCAAAGAAAAAUGCAUGCAGAAAACGCUUAAGAGUUUCACCAAACUACCUGACACCACGUAAGUCUUUAGAUACUGCCGUUACAUAUAAAUAUUGGAGCAAGAUAUUCUUAAAUGGGUUGGUCAUUCAUGUUAAAGAAUCAGGGAAUCUUGUAAAGAUACAUUCAUACACAAUUUCUCUUUAAAGAAAAACUGUGUACGUAUCAGCAAAGCUGUUUUUAAAUGGACUUUUGAUCAGGAUGUGAGAAUGGUCUUACUCUACUUAAACAGUAUAGAAGUAUGGCAUUGACUAAAAUGGGGUUGUCACUGGGAAACCACGUGAGCAAUAGUACGCCUCUUUAGGCAAGUAGUACUUGGAAGAUGUGGUUUUUCUACAGGACAGCAGGUUGAGAACUGAAUAUACAAAAUGAUGGAGGCUGCUGCUCUAAGCUCUUAACACUGUGCAGAGGCAAGAAACUAUUCCUGGGGAGUAAGGGAAAUGGAGACCCCAACCCAGCUCACUCCUAACUCCCUUUUUGUUGGUCUUGUUUCUUGUUUGCAGCUCCACAGUUGAGACCCUGUGACCUGAAUGUCAGGGUCACGUUUGACUCUCUGUUUUGGAUGUCUCCACUCAAUACGAGACACCAGUCUGCUGGGGCUUUCGGAUCUUAAAUUAAAAAGUGAAGUUAUCUGCAGGGUUUUCUUCAGCAAGUCUCUGGGGAGCUUAGAAUUGUGUAGAAAGAUGGUCUCUAGUUGGAUUUCUUAUCAGCCAACUUUGGGAUGUACUUUGCUAAACACCAGAAAGUAAUAUCUGCCAGCUCCCCUGCUUCCGCCUUUGGUGGGAGCAUUAUCAUGUAUUAGGGGCUCUCCUGUUUCAGCCGAAUGAACAGGGUUGCAGGGUGGGGAAUGAAACUGGGAAGAAGCCCCUGCUUGCAGAGUUGCUGCAGAAAGAAGUAGGGAAGGCUAUCUUAGAAGGCACUUGUGCAGAAUGGGGCUGACAUAGGACAUGGAAGCUGUCAUCCUUCCCUUUGCUCCUAAGACAGUAAGGGGGAGGGUGAGCCUUUAUGCUGUAAGUGCUGUUCUGCACCUGUCUGUGGGAAGUCACCUUUCCAGAUGAGGCUUCCUUCACAAUUAAAUUCAGGUUUUACAUUUUUGUUUAUUCUCUAGAUUUUGUAAGAUUAUGUCAAGCCUCCAUAAUUGAUAAGAAAAAUAGCAUUUUUAUAAAGACAUUAAUAUACACAGAAGUGUAAUUAAAAUGACUUUGUGGUGUAGUAACCAUUGCUAACGACCAGUAUGCAGGAAAAAAAAAAAUGAAAAACCAGUUUGAGUGUCAGUUACUGUGAAAGAGGCAUAUUUUCAAUUGUUGCCUUAUUGUGCAUUUGCACGUAAACACACUUCCUGGAAGCUGCUCUGAGCCCAAAGAGUUGGAAGAAAGGUUGAGUUCACCAAUGAAAUCCAUGCUGUUUUUAUGAUGCUGGCUUUUUUACCCUUCUGUUUACAGUGUCAACUGAUGGAGAUAGAUUUUGCAGUUUGUCAUGAAGUCAGAGAUAUUAGCCAACUAUGUUAGUAUUGACAAAUACUGGAUAAAAUGAUAUAUGCAGGAGUUUAUCGUUAGGAGUGGUUGGUUCACUACCUUUUGCAGCGUGGAUGUUGACAUACUAUGCAGGGUGAGAACUGUGUACGAAGAAAUUGACUUUUGCACAAAUUUGAUUUCUGUUGAUGGGUAAAAAAAAAUGUGUAUCAAACAUGUCUUUAAUGUGAUUGCCUGAAUAUCAUGGCGCAUUAACAGCCAUCAUUGCUACAGACAGCAUUAUUCCAGUAGAAUUCAGAUGUCCAGUUUAUAUUUUAUAACUAAAGAAAUGGUGGAAUUUAGUUGUUAAUCCCAAAGGAGUUGGACUCAAAAUAGUUCUGUUUAGAGCUUCCUUACAGUAGUUAAUAGGCUAUUCACAUCUCCCCAUUUAACACAGAAAAUGACUAACCCAGUAUAAAGGGAGUUACAACUAAAAAGUUACAUUUCACAGUAAAUGGUGUUUUGAGUCUUUGACUUCUGAAAUUCCAUGUAAUUACGUGGCAUUGUUCUGAUGACUGCAGCGUGUUAUACGGUCUAAUACCCCAGAUUUUGCUUAAUCUGCCAGUACUGCACAUGUGUACAAAGUAGAUUAUAGUUUAUCUAAAUAGUCUAUUUUGAAUUGUUCAUUAAACUUGUUGUCUUUAUAGGAUUUCAGUAGUAAAGUGUUUUUUGCUUUGGCCAUCUGUUUAAAAAGCAAAAGUAACUAAAUGGUCUUAUUUGAAGUAUGCCUACUCAUCUGUUUUGUUUUGUAGACUGAGAGAACUAAUAUCAGGAUGAUCACUACCCAUCUUUUCACCGCCCAUCUGACUACAGGUUUUUUGUCUUUUAGUUUUCAACAUCCCUCCUUGCAUUAACACUCUCGGGGGCGGGGGUGGGGGGUGGAGGUAGUAUAACAUAUACGUACAUUUGUAUAACCCUGAGAAAAUGCUGCAAUCUCUAGUUCCUCUGAAUACCUCAGAAGUAUGUUUGUUGUGUGCACUUGUACUGUCUAAUGUUUUGAUUUUACAGAUUUUGGUAUAUUCUCAUCACUCUUAGCUCCAGAAUGCACGCUGUCACUAGGCUGUGAUUGUCUAUCUGACACGCGAUUUGGCAUCUAAUAAAUGCUAUUCUUGAUGAUGCAAUGAAGUGAACUUUUUCUUUUACACUGCAGUGGUUUUACAUGGCAGCGAAUUUUGAAAACUGGCGGGAUUGUGGUUUGGAGUGUAAACGAGUGACUUCGAGCCACGUAAUAAUGGAGGUAAAAAUCGCAAAGAAAAAUUCCAGCGCGAACCGUGGGACCGCCCUGGACUUCGAUGCCCCCUCCCGCCGCGGCGGUCCGGAGUCCGGCACCUCCGACCGCGCAACCAGGGGAGUGCCCUCGUGCUGCCCGCCCAGCGCCGGGGGUACGAGCCGCCCUCGCGCGGUUCGGCUCCCAGGGCCUCUGCGCGUUCAAGGAGCGCAGGCCGGCGGGAAUGCCAGCGAGAUGAGACGCGCUAGAGCGGCCCGCCGGGCUGGGAACAGGAAGUCGCGCGCUCACUUCCGGUGCCCUCUUCGGGUGGCGCGGCUGCGCGCUCCCGGGGCGGCCGUGGCGCGAAUUGUGGCGGUUAUCCGGAGGCUGUCCUGGCGGGGCCCCUGACCCACCCCCGUCAGUCAACCGCGGGGUGGUCUUCGCAGAAAUUGGGCCGCGGCCCGGGAGAGUUUGCUACGGGUCCCUCAGGUCUUGCCCUCCGCGCCACGGGUGUGACUGCCUGGGACCGAACGAUUCUCUGCCCCGCGACUCUAGGCACCGACCGCCCCGAGGGCAGGAGGAGCCCGUGCUACCUCCCCGGCCCGAGCCCUGCUUUGACAGUGCGAAACCGCGGGCACGCCUUGCUCGCGGGCCUUUGGCUUGUAGAAAGGGACGCUUUGUGCUUCUCUCUAGACCCGGCGCCAGUCUCCGUCUGCCUUCUGUGUGCCCCGCAGCCGAAUUCUAAUGUGCUUCUGUUACGUAGAGUAUCCCGGGCUCACCUGACUACAGGGUCCCCCCGCCGCCAAGCGAGCUUCGCCACUCCUAUGACUGCGAAGACGUCGCUUUAUGUGUAGCCCAGAUUUCUUCUCUCCCUGCGCUCCAGAUCCCUAUAUUCAAGUGUCUGUGAGACAUCUUCCUUUGGAUGUCUCCGACACAUCAAAGCACAUGCCUUACCCUGAACUCAGGCUUUUUAGUCCUUGAUCUGUUUGCCUCCAGUAUGUGGCGCCACACACACACAAUUGCUCACACUACCAACACGCUCCCUUUCUCCACUCGCGCAUUCCAUCAAGUUCUGGGGAUUCUACCUCAGAACUGUCUCUCAGACCUGACUGAUUCUCUGUGUUUCCACUGGCUCCACCUUUAACUACUGGCUGAGGUCGACGGAAAUAGCCCUCUGACCUCUCACAUCACUGGGUCUCUGCCAGCACAGCCAACACCUCCGAUCAUGUCACCAUCCAACUUGACAUCUAUCUAGAUCCAAUGGCUUCUCAUCGUCCUUAGGGUAACAUCCAAAAUAGUCAAUGCAACCUUCCUAACCAUUACUGCCCUGCCAACUCCAGCCACUUUCUUUAUUCUCUCUCUUUCUCUCUCCAACUGCACUUUCAGUUCAAAUACACCAAGCUCUUUACUUCUUAAGAAUUGUUAACACGCUUUUUCUUUUAGCAGUAACCACCCCCCCAUCCCUACCUUCCAUUACCAAAUUAAAUAGUAAUUAUAAAACGGAUGUUUUAAUGUCUGUGGGGGCAGGGACCAGACACAUGGCAAGUGCUUAAAAUUGUGCAUAAAGGACAUUUCUGUGGCUCUGUUACUUUUACACUGUUGAUAACAGCUACAAGACUGACUGGAAGAAAGGGAAUAGGCAGUGGUGUUGUCAGUUCAAGUAGGCAGGAGGUUUAACAGUGGCCGAGAAAAGCUGUAAGGAAUUUAGCAAAAAGCUUGACUAAGCUAGUUCUCAGGAUAAAAUGUUAAAGAUGUUCUAUUGCCUGGCAAGAAUAAUUCAGCAAAGAUGCACAACUGCUACAAGCCACAUUUGAAGGAAGUGAGGUAAAUGUGGUUUGAAUUUCAAAUAGAAUUGUGUUCUGCACAAACAGAGAGGGAAACACAAAAGAGUUGGGUCUGUGUCCUACUGCCUUGAACCUUUCGGGACUAAAGCCUUAGUGAUUAAAAUAGCUCAGAUCACAGGCACAGAGGGAUCCGGCCGAUAACAUUUCAUUUCCUGUACCGUUCCCAUCCUGGAAGAGCCCCUGAGUUGGGGAGGAGUAAGCACCCAAGUUGGCAGGCAGAAUGGUCCUACACUUGCAGGCUGGACUGCCCAGGAAAUUACCAGAAGGGGAACUGCUGUCACCCUGACAACCCUGGAACAAAAAGGAACUUGGCCAGCAGUUCCACAUUCCUCUUAGAAGUUAAGUUUCACUUGACUGAACUGGCUCAUGAGCCCAUCCCUGGACCAAUCACUGUGGCUGGGAGGAUGGAGCACACUGGCUAGGCCUGGUUCUCAUGCACUCUCCUGGAGCUGUGGUUGGGGUCAGCCCCACCAGUAUCCCAUGUCCAAAGUGGGAGAGAAGAGGUGACUCCAAAGGAUACCAGGAUACUGUAGGAAGAAGAGAGGCUGGGGGCUGGGGUCAAAAGUAACAGGCAAGUCAGAGUAGACAGACAGGCAAUUGGAGUAGUGAUGAAAACGGCCAACACUAACCAAAGACUCGUUCUGUGCCUGGUCCUCCGAUGCUAAGCACUUUUCCUAGAUUAUUUCACCAUUGUUAUGUACAUUUUCCGCAUGCAGAAAACAGGGCUGGAUUGUAGGGUGUGUUAUGAAGUAGGAGGAGACAGGAAGGAAUUCUCAGGCUCGUUAUGGAAGGUUGGAAGGUGUGCUGUUAAAGCCCAGCUACCUAUGAUUGGUGCAAAAUUCAGAAAAAGAUUCUCAAUCUCCUCGAAGGGCCAGAGAAUAAUCAUGAAGUCUACCUUAAAGUACACUUAAACGUGUGUAACGGUUAAGGGAGAUGUUUGAGGUAUCUAAGGAAUCACUGACAUCAAAUGACGGCAGGAGAAAGCUGGGAGAACCUGACCUUCCUCUCUUAGGUAGAGCCUUCCCCAGUGACUUCCCAUCACGUGAUUCCUGCUCAGUUGUUUUUUUUUUUUUUUUUUUUUUUUUUUUUUCCUAAGUAGUUAUAGUUGCAGUUUUACAUUUGUUGGUGCAAUCACUUGAUUCAUGUCCGUUUCCACCAAUACACUGGGCUUUCUAAGACCGCAGAUGGUCUGGGUUCACAACAGUACUUCCAGCACCUCGUGAUGCCUGGCGUGUAGAAGGCAUUCAAUAAGGAUUUGUCACAAGAGUGAAUGAGCCUCCAAGACAGUCCUUUAGUUUGAGGCUAACGGUCGGUCCCACGCAAGCACGCGCGUUAUGCCUCCCGUCGUGGGCUGGAGGCGGAGCCGUCUGGAACUACAUUUCCCAGAGGGCUCCGCGGCGGCCACCCCCGGGAACGGACGACGUACGUCCUGUCGGGGUGCCCCCCCCCCCCCAUUCUCGCCCACUUAUGCCGAGGUUGCCAGUGGCAGCUGGGUCCGGCUGGGAAGUGUCGACCGGGGUCGCUGGGCGAAAGGAGACUUUCGGGCGUCCUAGGGGGCGCUGGGGAAACACCCCUUACGCCAGGCAAAUCCCUGGCCCCGCAGAGAAGACACCGCUCCCGGCUCCCCGCUCCGUCUUCUGCGCCACCGCGGGUGAAGGGCCCCCGGUGCCGUGGUGAGGACGGAGGGACGGGGCGGGGCUCGGCGUGACCUGCUUUGUGGGUGCAGAUUAGGACAGGGGGGUGCAGUGGUGUGAGAGAGCAGGGCCUGGAGUAGGCAGGGGUCCUGGAAACGAGGAAGAGGGGGUGGCCUCCAGACAGAUUCAGGAGGCAAAAGUAACGAUUUCGUGGGGUGAGAGCAGACAGGCAGAGAGGACUUGGAAGUUUCUGGGUUGGGAGACUGGGUGGCCAGCAGCUUUGUGGAGAGAAGACGUCUUGCCUCCUCUCGAAUCUACAGUUUUUCUAAACUUUCUAGGGAGAUAGGUUAAUCACAAGUGUGACAGUGCAGCUGUGGUAAACGCUUCAGAGGAGAGGUGUGUCAAGCUACGAGAGGGAUUUCACCAGGCCAGGAAGCUGAGGGAGGACACUUCUGAGAGCUCAACAGUGACGUGGGAGUUUAGUGGUUGGAAACCUCUGGAAAGGGCAUAGGGCGGUGGGCGGCUGUCUCUAAUGGAGAACCUCAGGCAGGCCUCUGAUAUGUCGGCUGACUCCCUGUAUAGCAAGCUUUUCCUGCUCCAGAGAAACACAGCCAGAAACUGGAGAACCCAGAUGCCUGACCACACCCUGCAGAGAGACAAGGUGUGACGUUUCCAGGUCCAGUCCCACCUGGUAUGAGACUGUCCCUGGAGCCAUGAGAUGGCUGCAAACUUGAGUGCCCUGGACCUCCCCGUCCCCUAGAACUAGAAAGCCUCCUGAUAAAAGAUGCCACAUGGGGGUGGGAAUCUCACCUGCAGACCCAUGAUCUUGGUCCCCAAACACUGUUGUCACUGUUGGUCCUGAAACUCUGCCACGAGGAGGUGGCUGGGCCAGGGAGGCUCUUGGUCACCGUUGGGGAUUGUGCCAUCAGUGGCUAAGGCCAGAGAUGCCUCCCAAGGAGUGGAUCCUUAAGCUACUGGAGUGCUCGUAACCGUCCUGUCCAAGAGACCCACGUUAGGUUCAGCAUGAGCACCCAGAGGGUGACAAGAGGUGGUAAUCCUGAUGGAGGAUUUGCAGAGCGAGCCUAGGAAGCCAGGAUGCUGGGUGGGAAGGGCCAGAAGAAGCCUAGAGAGUCUCUCGUGUGAUGGCUGAUAAGCUCCUCUCCUUGGUGGGGGCGGGGGGUACCCUGAACAGAUGUUACCCCUCUGCUUCCUCUUCCCCCCAGAGUUCCUGUCCAAGGCUUCCAACAAGAAUCUGCAACAUUGAGUUCUGGGGGGGGGGGGGUCACCUUUACUUUGCCAGAACCACACUUUCCAGGUAUAGAAGGACAGCUAGGAGGAGAACUGAAAACUAGACAGCAUUUUGUCUAAGCACCUGAUUUUCUCACAGGGAAACUGAGGUGUAGGCCUGUUAGAGCUCAGUAACUGGCUAGCUGAACACUGGAAAUUGAACCAGGGUCUUCAGGCUCUUGGCUCAGUGCCUUUUCCAUGGUCCCGAGCCGUCUCCUGGUCAAGUUGUGCUGCAGCAGCAUUGCUAGCUGUGUGAUCAGCUAACUCCUCGUGAAAAAGGAACUUGUGUGUCUCUCAGAAAGGUAUUUGUGAACACACUAAAAACGAAUGGAACUGUAUCUACUUUAAAAGGAUGUCGCAACGUGGUGAAUGCCCUAAAAACCACCGAGCUGUAUAUAUUUUAAAAGGAUGAAUUUUAUAGUAUUUGAAUUGUAUCGCAAUGUAAAAAAUAACCUUCGUAGUAAAAAAGUUGAAAUAUGUAUUUUAAAGCUGUAGUAUAUGUUUAAAUGUAGUACAGAAAAUAACAUAUCAGAGACAUGAAAAUGAUUUAUGUGACCAGCUUAUUUAUGUGCAGACCUGAUGGCAAAGCUGCUUUUGUCUUUUCUGUGCAAAAUAGUAGAGUAUCUUGUAAGAUGAACUGUUAAAACUCUUAGCAUUUGCAAUAAUCUGUGUGAGUUAGAAUUUGCUCAACACUGUAAAUCAAAGUGAAAAUCAAAUAAGCUGGAUGUUAAUAUAAGAACGCAGUUCCCGACAAGAUAAAUAAACCAUAGAAAGAUG